AGUUCAGAAUAAAACCAACAAUUUAAAAGAAAACCGAGUUUAUAGCAAAGAAGUCUGUUGAUGCUAAACAUCAUUCCAAUGUUUCUACGUCCUUUUCCCGCCGGUCUUAGGCUGGCCCCUGGGAUGGCCUCUCCCCAGAUUUCCAUGGUUGCAUUUAUAACUGCCACAAAUGUGCCACUACUUCAUCAACAUGAAGAAGAGAAAUUCUUCCUAAAUGCCAAAGGUCAGAAGGAAACUUUGCCCAGUAUAUGGGACUCACCUACCAAACAACUUUCUGUUGUUGUGCCUUCCUACAAUGAAGAAAAACGGUUGCCUGUGAUGAUGGAUGAAGCCCUGGGCUACCUAGAGAAGAGACAGAAACAAGAUCCUUCAUUCACUUAUGAGGUGAUAGUAGUUGAUGAUGGCAGUAAAGACCAGACUUCAAAGGUAGCUUUCAAAUAUUGUCAGAAAUAUGGAAGUGACAAAGUACGAGUGAUAACACUGGUGAAGAAUCGUGGAAAAGGCGGAGCUAUUAGGAUGGGUGUAUUCAGUUCUCGAGGAAAAAAGAUCCUAAUGGCAGAUGCUGAUGGAGCCACAAAGUUUCCAGAUGUUGAGAAAUUAGAAAAGGGACUAAAUGAUCUACAGCCUUGGCCUGAUCAAAUGGCUAUUGCAUGUGGAUCUCGAGCUCAUUUGGAAAAAGAAUCAAUUGCACAGCGUUCUUACUUCCGCACUCUUCUCAUGUAUGGGUUCCACUUUCUGGUGUGGUUCCUUUGUGUCAAAGGAAUCAGGGACACACAGUGUGGGUUCAAAUUACUAACUCGGGAAGCAGCUUCACGGACGUUCUCAUCUCUACACAUUGAACGAUGGUUCUAAAUUAGUUCCAUUUUGGAGCUGGCUACAAAUGGGCAAGGACCUACUUUUUAUACGACUUCGUUAUUUGACUGGUGCCUGGAGGCUUGAGCAAACUAGGAAAGUGAAUUAGAUUGUUUGAGAUCUUUGAUUCUUAUGUAUCAGUGUCACAUUAUUUCAAUUGAAAUUAAAUUUUAAAUAAAGCUGUGAUAGACCUGUUGUCAUUGUCUGGCUUUGGGUAAUUUUAAAGAACUACCAUACAUAAAAUUUAUACUUUGGGACAGAAAUUUAAAAAAAAAAAAAAGGUUUGAAUCAAAAGUCAGAUUUUCUUUUCCUCUAACAUUUUUUUAAAUAUA